CAGUCCAGAGACAUACUCAGUUGGAACAGUUGAUCAAAAUGAGGGCUGCCGUUUUAAUCAUUUUAGCAAUCGCCUUAACGGCACUAGUAGAAUCGUCUCCAGGUAUAGGAGACACGAGGCGACCCGCCCCUUAUGUCAAUCGUCUGCCACCACCAAAACCACGGUUUCGAAGAUCAGCUGAUCCGGAACCCCAAGGAUCCGUAAGGGCCACUUGGCAGAAGAAUCUCGAUGGUCCAGAACGUCGACCUUCUUACAACGUCGAUUAUCAGCAGAAGCUCUUCGAGAACAAACAUGGUUCGAUAAGCGCAACAGGGGGAGCUCAGAAGUACCCAGGUCAAAGGUGGGAACCAACUGUCGGACUACAAGGAUCCUUCCGAUUUCGUAGAUCGCCGGAACCGCAGCCGGAACCUCAAGGAUCUGUGAGCGUUACAGCGCAAAAGAAUCUCAGUGGUCCAGAACGCCGACCUUCUUACAACGUCGACUACCAGCACAAGCUUUUUGAGAAUAAGCAUGGUUCGAUCAGCGCCACAGCAGGAGCUCAGAAGAAUCCAGGACAGAGAGUGCAACCUACUGUUGGAGUACAAGGGUCCUUCCGAUUCCGUAGAUCGCCGGAACCACAGCCGGAACCUCAAGGAUCUGUGAGCGUUACAGCGCAAAAGAAUCUCAGUGGUCCAGAACGCCGACCUUCUUACAACGUCGAUUACCAGCACAAGCUUUUUGAGAAUAAACAUGGUUCGAUCAGCGCGACAGGCGGAGCUCAGAAGUACCCGGGCCAAAGGUGGGAACCAACUGUUGGAGUACAAGGAUCUUUCCGAUUCCGUAGAUCGCCGGAACCACAGCCGGAACCCCAAGGAUCCGUACGUGCCACUUGGCAGAAGAAUCUCAGUGGUCCAGAACGCCGACCUUCUUACAACGUCGAUUACCAGCACAAGCUUUUUGAGAAUAAACAUGGUUCGAUCAGCGCGACAGGCGGAGCUCAGAAGUACCCGGGCCAAAGGUGGGAACCAACUGUUGGAGUACAAGGAUCUUUCCGAUUCCGUAGAUCGCCGGAACCACAGCCGGAACCCCAAGGAUCCGUACGUGCCACUUGGCAGAAGAAUCUCAGUGGUCCAGAACGCCGACCUUCUUACAACGUCGAUUACCAGCACAAGCUUUUUGAGAAUAAACAUGGUUCGAUCAGCGCGACAGGCGGAGCUCAGAAGUACCCGGGCCAAAGGUGGGAACCAACUGUUGGAAUACAAGGAUCAUUCCGGUUCCGGAGAGCAGCGGAGUCAGAAUCCGAAGAAAAGAUCGUUCAACAAAAUUAAAAUUGAGUCGUUUAUGUCCAAUUGACUUAUACUUGUCUUAUGUAUAUUUGCCACUUUACCACCAAAUUUCAUUCAAAUUACCUAAUAUAUGUUUGAAUAAAUAAUACUUGAUUUCUUCUCUAUAAAAUAA